AACAUACUCAACCUACCAAAUGUCCUAAUACACUUCUGGAAACCUACCCUUUCAAUCUUCUUCUUCUUCUUCUGAUUUUUCACCCCCGAUGACCCGUCGACUUGACUCACACAACUCAGUCACACUGGCAGCUUUUUCUAAGCAAUCGGAUCUGACGGCGCUUAUUCUCUCUCCUUUGACCUUCAGUCAACACGCUACCGCCAAUUUCUCGCGAUAUCAAUAUCAUAUCUUUCUUCCACCACUUGCUCAUUUUCUCCAUCUCCCCAAAAGAACAUAAAAAAAAAAAAAAGACACAGUAAAAAAUAGUAAACUUAAGAAAAAAGAAAGUGGAUUUCAGAAUCUGAGUACCAGCCAAUUUUAAUAAAGUGGCCAAGAUUUCCUCCUCAGAUUUUCAUUUUCAGAGGAGAGAGAAAAACUCACACAUUCUUUUUCAACCCUUACUAUAAAAAUUCCCCCACUUCUCUUUUUUCUCUUACCUCAUUUCUUUCUUUCUACCUUUUGUUCAUUAAAAAUAAAAGUAAAACAAAAACCACACUCUCUCUCUCUCUCCUUCAACAAACAAACACUAGAUAUCAUAAAAGUUCCUUCCCCUAAAAUUAAAAAUUAGUCUACUCUAUUCAAUAUAGUGGAAGCAAAACGAUUCGUAUGAUGAUGAAUAUAGCUAUGAACGGCGUCGUUUCAAACCGGCGGUGGAAAUCUGAAUCCGCCAUUGAUUUAGGUUCGUUGGAUUCUCAAGCUGAAGCUCACGUUUUAGCCGUUGAUGAUUCUCUUAUUGAUCGUAAAGUCAUUGAGAGAUUGCUCAAAACUACUUCCUGUAAAGUUACAGCAGUUGAUAGUGGAAUGAGAGCUUUACAGUUUCUUGGAUUGGUUGAAGAUCAGAGAACCUCUGUUGUUGAUGGAUUGAAGGUUGAUCUAAUUAUAACCGAUUACUGUAUGCCUGGAAUGACCGGAUAUGAACUCCUCAAAAAGAUCAAGCAGGAAUCUUCUAGUUUCAAGGAAACUCCAGUUGUUAUCAUGUCUUCCGAAAACGUUCUCGCGCGAAUCGAUCGAUGUUUAGAAGAAGGAGCAGAGGAUUUCAUACUAAAGCCAGUGAAAUUAUCCGAUGUGAAGCGUCUCAAAAAUUACAUGAGCAAAGAAGAGAAAGUAGUGAGUGGAGUCAACAAAAGAAAAGAAAGAGACGGUUCAGAUCAAUCCUCAGAAUCACAAUCACCUCCAUUGUCAAGAUCUCCAUCGUCCGAUUCUUCAUCAUCAUUAUCAUCAUCAUCAUCGACUCAAUCAGAACCGUCGAUUUCACCAAUAAUAACUCUCUCUCAAUGUGAACCGUUUGAUUCACCCACAACACCUUCUUCACCUUCUGGACCGUUGGAUUGCACUACACCUUCUUCUCCCUCUCCUGAGCCAUCUGAACCGUUGGAUUCUCCAACUAGACGACUUAAGAUGUCUACCUCUGAUCUGCUGGGCCCGGACCCCACAUCUUGAUCCAUGGGUCGGUCCAAAUCGGGUAAUUAAAAAGAAAAAAGAAGCUUAGCCGGUUAAUUUGGAGAAAUGAAAUACUCGUCCAAAGUUCUAAUCAAUGAAUGCUUCUUUUUUUUUUUUUAUGUUUGCCGGCGUUUCGGAAUUUUACGCGGUACAUCUAACGAAUUUCCCUCUUUUUCUUUUCUAUUUUCCCUUCCAUUUUGUAUUUUUCGAUGUUUUUUUUCUUUGGGGAUAAUUUCUUGGAAAAUUACAGGAUACUUAUCAUACUAAAUUAGCUUAUGAAUCAAUCUCUUAAAUUUCCACUGUAAAGUAAUGGAACCAGUUUUAAGUCCGAAUUUUUGGAGUAUUGAGUUCUUCGAUUA